CACUAUUUAUUACGUGAAACAUUUGUCUUUAAAACAUUUACGAAAUCGUGGAGGCAGUUAUGCAUACACAGGCAUAGAUACGCGCUGAUAUACACCUGUCUCUAAUUUAUCUGCCUUAUCAACCAGUAAUCAGGACUUCUAAAACCCAGACAGUACGUAAUGGAUGGAGAUGUAACGGAAGAUGACUUAAACAACGACUUCCGAACGUCCGACCUGUUCGCAGAUGAUUCUGACGAUGAGGAAGGUGUGUACCGUUCAGACGAUCCUGAGGAAGAUGGGUCUGCAGUCGAUUCAUCAUUUAGAACAAAGAAGUCGAACAAAAAGGGCAAUAUAUUGACGUUGGAUCACUUCUGGAAUAAUACGGCUGAUAGAUCAAAUGACAAGCCCCCAGUCCGCAAAAACAUUUUGUGGGAUUUCACAGUGUAUGUAAACCUUAGGGAAGAGCGUGAAGGGAAAUACGCAGCAACAGCGCUGAAAUUGCAGGAGGAGGCAGUGGCAUCUAUCAAAAAAGCAAAGGAGGCUAUACUUGCUGAUAUCGAUGAAACAUCGAAUGAAGAAAACUUUAGAAAUGAUGUUAUUGCUGUUUUCGAGCAGCAGGUUAACGAGCUGGUUCGUCGAUUCCGAGUAAACUCUAUGGAAGGAAAGCCGUUGUUCGAGCCCUCUUCUUCUAGUUUGAAAGAUGGUGAACGAAAGAUAGCCAUAGAAUCUUAUGUCACUUCACAUGAAGGUUUUAAAAAACUGAAGUACAAGCUUGCCGCCUUUAGAUCGUCAAAGAACCAGCUUGUUUCUAGUUCACUUUCUCGCCUAUUGGACUCAGUAAAUGGACUACGCAACAAGGUGGUUUCCCAGAUAUAUGAACCGAAUUCUAAAGAAUUCAAACGUAUGACAACAACGCGCUUCUUGCGCAAUUUGGACAAAAUAUCAGCGAAUGGAGAUUUUGCUGGCGAAUAUAGAUAUAAUUUGCUGAAGACUUAUGUCCUGAAUAAAGAUCGGUUCGAUGAAUUCAUACAGAACACUGUUAACUUUGGCGAUCCAAAUGAAGAUUUAGGUAAAUUCGAAGAUUUUGUUAAUCCUUUCACACCAGAUUUUGAUGAUGUAAUGGCGACUUCAACCAGUAAACCUGAGACUGGUGAAACAAAUAAGGAAAUGGAUGUCGACGGGGUAGAAGGUGGGAGUCGCGCCCGAGAUUACAUGAAGGAGUUUAUGGACGCCACACCACCCGACGACUUGUUAAUACCUCCCACUCAACCCGAGUCGCAGGAAACUGCACAGGACUACCCACAGACCACUACUCCAUGGGAUGAAACACUCCAACCUACAGCAAGCGCCGCUGUUAACGCCAAAUCGCACUCUGAUGGAGACAUCGAUAAUGAUGAUGCAACUCAGAUCAGGCUCCUUGAGGAGGCACGCAAAAAGGCCGCUGAGAUUCUUAGGAAAAAGCGCCUCAGUCGUACUGCCGGAAAGGACAAUACAGGUCAAGACUAGUUGCAUUGGUUGUCUAAUGGUAUACCAUGAUACAUACUACAGUACAUCAAUGAAAUUACUUUCUACCUAAAACAAUACCCUCAUCCAAAUAUCGCAAACUAUUAUGCCCCUUCACAAAGAUCCUGAAUAUAUCAAUCAGGAUACUUUCGCUGAGUCU